AGCGGGGGCCGGCGCAGGCGCUCUACUGUCCGCCAGAGAGUUGGCAGCUCCGCCGUUCCCACCUUUCUGCCGGGCUUCAGUUAUCAUUCAACGUUUGCCGGCUGCGUUAGGAAUACAUCUAUUAUCCGAAUAUGGCUUCUACGAGUUGCGUCAAUUGUUAACACACCCAUCCCCUUGCCAAGAAUGGAUCGUGAGAAGCAAAGUCCUUUCCCCCACCGUCCCUGGAUGACGGCUGGAGCGGCGGCCGGAACCGGAACCAUGGGCCUUAAAGGCAUUGUGGCUGGUGGCAUUACCGGAGGCAUCGAAAUCUGUAUCACAUAUCCCACCGAGUUCGUCAAGACACAACUGCAGCUGGACGAGAAGGGCGCGGCCAAGAAGUACAAUGGCAUCUUCGACUGCGUCAAGAAGACGGUCCAGCAGCGUGGUUUCUUCGGCCUAUAUCGUGGUCUCAGUGUGCUCCUCUACGGCAGUAUUCCUAAAUCUGCCACAAGAUUCGGCGCAUUCGAGACCCUCAAGAACAGGAUCCAGGACUCCAACGGACAGCUGAGCAGUUCCGGCAAGCUGCUGUGCGGCCUGGGGGCUGGUGUGUGUGAAGCCAUCGUGGCUGUCACACCCAUGGAAACUAUCAAAGUGAAGUUCAUCAACGACCAGCGCAGCGCCAAUCCCAAGUUCAAAGGAUUCGUUCACGGAGUGGGAGAGAUUGUGAAAUCCGAGGGCAUCGGUGGUGUCUACAAGGGCCUGACGGCGACCAUCCUCAAGCAGGGUUCCAACCAGGCCAUUCGAUUCUUUGUGCUGGAGACCCUGAAGGAUGUGUACAAGGGCGAUGAUCCCAAGAAGCCGGUGCCCAAGCUGGUGGUGGGCGUGUUCGGAGCGUUGGCUGGCGCUGCCUCCGUCUUCGGCAAUACACCAUUGGAUGUGGUAAAGACAAGGAUGCAGGGACUGGAGGCUGCCAAGUACAAGAAUACUGCCGACUGUGCGAUGAAGAUCCUGAAGAACGAGGGACCCGCCGCCUUCUACAAGGGGACAGUGCCGCGCCUGGGUCGCGUCUGUCUGGAUGUCGCCAUUACGUUUAUGAUCUACGACUCGUUCAUGGACUUGUUCAACAAGGUCUGGGUUUAACCUGACCCAUGGUCAGGCUGUACGGCCGCGGCUUAGUAGUUAGUUCGUAUAAAUCCAAAUCGUGCAUUUUUCCUGACCCUCGUUUAUAUCCUAGUCGUCUGUUGCAAUAGAGUAUAUUUUUUGACAUAUUCCAAGUACGCAUUUUAUCGAUGUAUACCCGAUUAUAUUCAAAUUAAAUUAAAUCAUGAAUGUUUCAAAUCGAUUAGUUGUUCUUCAUCCAACAUUGACUUCGAUUUAAAACUUUUAGAAUUCUUUACAAAGUAAAUAUGUUUUGAGUAUUUAUUUUAAAGAUUUUUAGAGAUUAUAUUUUCUCUAUUUUCUAGAAGGUUAAGAUUCGUUGUUUGUGAGUUUAAACUUAAACUUUAAACAGAUGCUGAAUUCGGAGAAACUUGUAAAUAAAAUCUUUUAAAACGUGA